UCAGGCAUAACUGCUAUUGUGAACCAUCGAAAAACGCGAAUUUCGGGCUAUUGAAGUCAGUUGUGAGGCAUCUUCGUGUCGUUAGCACGCAAAAAAUGAUGAAUUUUCCCGAAGAAAUUGCCGUUUGUCGAACGUGUUUGGGUCGCGAAAGGCGCGAACGGAUGAAAGAGCUGCAAGAAACCGUUUCGUUCAUCAAUUACGGCACAAUUGUCACUCUCGAGGAUGUCUUGUACGAGAUCACGGGCAUGUUGACGAACAAAAGCGAACGAAUUACGCAACUAAUUUGCUCCAGUUGUGUGGGAAAACUCCGUGCGGCAUAUCGCUUCAAGCUAAUUGCUGCACGUUCCUAUGAAACUUUAUCGCAAGUGCCUUCGGAAGACUUUUUGCCGCACAAAGCAUGUACGAAACGCAAACCAGAUGUUGUACGACGUGCCAAAUCCGCAUCAAAUUACUACCAAUGUGACCUUUGUUCAGCAUCCUAUCCACGAUUGUUCUACAUGCGAACACACAUGAAGCGCUUCCACAUUUCUGCUACUCCUUUUCGUUGUUGGAAACCGGGCUGCGAUCGACUUUUUGCGACGAAACAACUUCAAACCUUGCAUCGGGAACAAUUUCAUGACAACCUGAAGUCAAAAAUUUGUGAUUUUUGUGGCAAACAGUUCAAAAGUAACUCGGAACUCGCAACGCAUCGACGUCAUCACACCGGAGAGAAACCAUUUAAGUGUAAUUUUCCGGGAUGUACGAUGGAAUUUCGGCAGCAAUAUGAUCUCACGAAGCACAAUAGCAGCAUUCACUCGGCGCGGCGUGCCUUUGCGUGCGAUCGUUGCGGUAAAAUGUUCAAACUCAAGGGGAAUCUGAAUAAUCAUGUCAAACUUGUUCACACGAAGGAAGGUUUGAACACUUGUUUUAAUUGCGGCAAGCGGUUUUUAACGUAUUCCAAGUUGAAAGAUCAUAUCGAGGCACGGCAUUUGGGAUUGAAGAAGUUUUCGUGUAAUGUGUGUCAUCGGGCGUAUGGGUUGAGGAAACAUAUGCUUGUGCAUGUGAGAAAUUCGCAUUUGAAGGAAUAUCAAAAAAUGGUUGAAACUGGCGAGAUUAGGAUACGUCCGAAAGAGCAACUUACUCCCGUGUUUGAUGAAUCUACGUUAGUUUUGUUGAAAGGAAGUUGAAAAAUAAUUUGAAUUAGUGAGAUAUUUAAAUAAAAAAAUAAAAAAUUUGGGAAAAAAAUAAUAUU